CAUCAUUAAUGUAGAUUCCAGCGCUGACACUGUCGCUAUGCCUCACAGUACAGGAUCACCGCAAAUUGCAUCUAUCAAAUGGCAAUGCAUUCAUCUCAUGUCAGAGCAUAUAAUGGAUCUCUUCCCACAAGUUGACCUUGGGAACACGUUUGGGGCAUUUUUUAUUGCGGUCACCCUUGCAGCAAUUCUCUUUGGUCUUACCAACGUUCAAGCCUUCAUCUACUUUCAAACUCAUACAGGGACGGGUAUAAUAUCAUAUAAGCUGAUCGUCAUCUGGCUUUGGAUACUCGAUGCUCUGCAUCUGUCAUUGAUCGUCCAUUGCGUCUACCAUUAUUUAGUGAUCAACUACGCCAACUUCAGUGCGCUCACAGAAAUAGUGUGGAGUUUCAAACUUCAAGUGAUAGUCGACGUUCUCAUCGUUCCUACGAUACAUCUUUCGUACCUUCAUCGCAUAUGGAUAUUCAGCAAGGGCAGAACAAGAGUUCUCCCGGCUAUAGCAUUCGGUAUAAUUGUGGUUCUAUGUUCAGGUGUUGCCAUUCCCGUUGUCUGGGGCAUAUAUAAGUGCCAUACGUUCGGGGAUUUGAUCGGAAUCGAGUGGUGGACAUAUGCGGCUGUGGGCUCGUCUACUUUGGCCGAUAUCGUCAUCGCGUCAUCGCUGUGCUAUCUCCUCGUUACUUCACACACUGGAUUUUCUAGCACCGAUUCACUCUUAACAAAGCUCGUGGGUUAUACCAUUAGUACGGGAUCUCUAACGAGUGUAUGUUCAAUUGCAGUCGUUAUCACAUGCGCGACGCUACCAAAGACCUUCAUCUUUCUCGCUGUUGAUUUCCUAGUGGCUAAAUUAUAUGUCAACUCGUUCAUCGUACUCUUGAACGCGCGAUACUACAUGCAGGCCAGCGUAGACAUCGCCAAUCCUUCUGAAUUUCAUAUGCGUCGCGGCGUCUGCCGCUCAGAGCUGCCCAUUAACAGAUCGCAAGACACGGAACUUCAAGCAUCCCGGAAGGAUUAUGACGACGAAGUGCUACAUAUCACGCACCCUAUUCAGGAUUUCGCGCCGCCGACGGCAUUGACGUUGGAGACAAAAUCAUUCUCGUUAGCGUGAUGGAUUGAUAGACAUAUAUUAUUACCUGUCUAUUUCUCACGAGACAGCGCUCGCAAAAUCAAUUGUGAGUUCUUGGUCACUUAUUAUAUCAUGCUGCCCGCAUUAUUUGAGGGGACGAGAGGAAUCAGUCCACUACGCCUUAUGCAUGCCUGGUUACACUAGACGAGAUGGUCAUUCGUUAACGAGAUUGGACCUGGCGAAUAUUAUCUCAAGAACUUACUGACUGCAGCACAUCACAUCGCGCAACCCAAA